AUGGACAACUUCGCCUUCACUCUCCCGCCGCCGGGAACCGCCGCCCGCGCCCGCCCCCGCCGCCGCCGCAACCUGUGGCAGUCGCUCCGAUACGCCGUCGAGGUCGGCUACAUGCGUCUCUGUCAGUGGAUGCCGGUUCUCCUGCUCCUGGACGUCGUCGCCAACACCUCUCUUGUCCUGAGCUUUUUCUCAACUGUUCUCGCCCCCCCGACCGGCCAUCCCCAGUGGAAAGACAGGUCCGCUCCUUCCGUGCGCGCCGCCGCCAUCUGGCUGCUGGCCUUGUUCCUCUCGGUGUUGUUCCUUCUCGUCGCCUCGCUUGUCUGCAUGUGGGUGGAAAGUUGGUUUAUAUACCAUCGGGGUUUUCGGGCACCUGGCGCCAAUUUUGGCCUCAAGCCAAUCAUGCAGGCUGCGCGAAGCCAGGAUCUGUCAUUCCGGAACAUCAGUGACGGCAACCGCCCAAGCACCAAUCGACUCUGUCUUCAUAGAGCAUCAGCUCACCUGGACCGGAUGCACCCCGCUACUGCCGCCUCGGGAAAGAAGAUUGGCUGCCUGCCCCUUUAUGACCACUGGUGUUUCUGGCUAUGGGUGCCGGUUUGCAUGACGACCAACAAGGCCUAUCUCCUGUCUAUGGCCUAUAUAUUGAUGUUCCACGCCGUUUCAGUGGUUGUGCUCGCCUGGUCGUUGUCGGUAUGGGGUUUCCGAUCCCACGGUUACUCCUUCGCAGUGGCAUGCGCGAUGUUGCCCGCGGUCAUCAACUUUGUCUUCACGGCGCCUUUGAUCGGCAAAUGGAAGCAUCUGGCGGUGAUGAACUCACCCGGUCAGGAGUGGGAUAUCUUUCUCAACCCGCACCCCGGACGCGAGCCUGGCUUUCCCAUGUGUGUGCGCUCAUCAGACGGGUCAUACCACCAUCGCCUCUUCCAUAAGAAUCCCUGGGAUUUGGGAACAAUGGGUAAUCUUCGACAAGUGCUCGGUGAGCAGUGGUGGAUGUGGCCAUGGCCAUUUCUGCUCCCGAAAUCCGUCCGCGAUUACGGCCGAGACGACAACUUCGACCUUCCCUUCUCGGAGGAUUGGUUGCGUGAGGCGGAGUUACUUCAGGCUACGCCGGCCGAUGUUGAGUUGAGGGAGCUUCCUCCUCGCCAGAGGCACCUCGGCUCUUCGUCUGGUUAA